GAAGACACCGCCUCUAUUGACUAUAAUGGGGAAGGGGCGUGGCUUAACAUGACCACGCCCCCUCCAAGCCCCGCCCCCUCUCCUCUGACCGCGGCGCCGCGGCGCCGGUGGGGGCAGAGGCUGCGGAGCGGCGCGUGAUGCAGUUGUUGAGGUUCUACAUCCGCCCGGGUCCCCCCGAGAAUUUGGGGGAUCCCCAAAGGGGGAAAGAAGGUUCCGGAUUGAGCUUUGGGUCCCCUUUGAGAGCGGCGCGAGAGGUGGAACCGAAGGUCAAUGGGGUCACCUGCGAGACGUGCUACUACCUGGAGUGGGACGGGGACGCCCCCCCCGGGGAGGCGGAGGCGCGGGUGCUGCGUUGGGUUUUGGGGUCCCCCCUCGGGGGGGGCGAAGACGUCGCCCCAAAGAGUUUCUUACGGCCGACGGCCACCGACGUCCUCCUGGAGAUCGGCCCCAGGUUGGGGGUGUGCACCGCCGCCUCCACCAACGCCGUCGCCCUGUGCCGCGCGGCCGGGCUGGAGCGGGUGCGGCGCCUGGAGAGAGCCCGCAGGGUGCUGCUGACGUUCGAGGGUCGCCCCCCGCCGGGCGCCGUGGAGCGUUUGGGUCGAGCUUUGAGGGAUCCGAUGACGGAAGAGCUCUAUCCGGAGCCGUUGGUGACUUUGGAGGUUCCGGUGAGUUCCGUUCCCGUCACCACCAUCGAUGUCCUCGGAGGAGGAGCCAAAGCCCUGGAGAAGGCCGACCGGGAACUGGGGUUGUCCUUCGACGCGUGGGACGUGGAGUACUACACGCGGCUCUUCCUCGAGGCCGGGCGCAACCCAACGUCCGUGGAGCUCUUCGACCUCGCGCAGUCCAACAGCGAGCACAGUCGCCAUUGGUUCUUCAAAGGUCGUCUGGUGGUGGACGGAGAGGAGAAGCCCCAAUCGCUCUUCCAGAGUCUGAUGGGCACCCAAAGCUCCAGCAACGCCAACAACGUCAUCAAGUUCUGCGACAACAGCAGCGCCAUCCGGGGGGUCCCGGUGACGUCCUUGUGCCCCGAUGACCCCACCCAGCCGAGUCCUUUGGAGCUGAAGACCACCAUCCGUCACGUCAUCUUCACGGCCGAGACCCACAACUUCCCCACCGCGGUGGCACCGUUCAGUGGCGCCACGACGGGAACCGGAGGACGCAUCCGAGAUGUCCAAUGUACCGGGAGAGGCGCCCACGUCAUCGCCGGCACCGCCGGGUACAGCUUCGGCAGUCUGCUCCUGCCCGGUUAUCCACUGCCGUGGGAGGACCCAUCUCAGCCGUACCCGUCGGCCUUCGCCCGUCCGGCCGAGGUGGCCAUCGGCGCCAGCGACGGUGCCAGCGACUACGGCAACAAGUUUGGAGAACCCGUGUUGGCCGGCUUCGCCCGUUCCUUCGGGCAGGUCCUGCCCAGUGGAGAACGUCGCGAGUGGAUCAAACCCAUCAUGUUCAGCGGUGGCAUCGGCGCCAUCGAGGACAUCCACAUCCGCAAGGAACCGCCGGAGCCUGGGAUGUUGGUGGUCAAAGUUGGAGGUCCCGUCUACCGCAUCGGCGUCGGGGGCGGCGCCGCCUCCUCCAUCCAGGUUCAGGGGGACAACGCCGAGGACAGAGACCUCGGAGCCGUCCAACGUGGAGACGCUGAGAUGGAGCAGAAGAUGAACCGAGUGUUGAGGGGCUGCGUGGAGAGCGGAGAGGACAACCCCAUCCUCAGCAUCCACGACCAGGGAGCCGGUGGCAAUGGGAAUGUCCUGAAGGAACUCAGUGACCCCGCGGGAGCCGUCAUCUACGCCAGCCGCUUCCAGCGGGGGGACCCCUCGGUGAGUGUCCUGGAGCUGUGGGGGGCGGAGUACCAGGAGUCGAACGCUUUGCUGCUGCGGCCCCGGGGGCUGCGGCGCCUCCACCGCCUCGGCCGCCGCGAGAGGUGUCCCAUCAGCACCGUCGGCACCGUCACCGGAGACGGGCGGAUCGUUCUGGUGGACGACCUGAAGGCGCCGGUGGCCGAGGGGACCUCCCACGAGGGCCUUCCAACGCCCGUCAACCUGGAGCUGCAGUGGGUGCUGGGAAAGAUGCCGCGGAAGGAAUUCAUUCUGGAGAAGACGCGUCCCACCCUCCGUCCUUUGGAGCUCCCGGUGGGACUGACUCUCCUGGAGGCUCUGGAUCGCGUCCUCCGUCUCCCGGCGGUGGCGAGCAAACGCUAUCUGACCAACAAGGUGGACCGCUCGGUCACGGGGUUGGUGGCCCAGCAGCAGUGCGUGGGUCCUCUCCACACGCCUUUGGCCGACGUGGCCGUGGUGGCAUUGUCCCACGUGGACACGGUGGGGGCGGCCACCGCCCUGGGGGAGCAGCCCAUCAAGGGGCUCUUGGACGCCGCCGCCGGAGCUCGGUUGGCCCUCACCGAGGCCCUCACCAACCUCGUCUUCGCCCGCGUCACCGACCUCAAGGACGUCAAGUGCUCCGGGAAUUGGAUGUGGGGCUCCAAGUUUGGCGCCGAAGGAGGAGCUUUGGUGACGGCGUGUGAGGCGCUGGUGGACCUUCUCCACCGCUUGGGAGUGGCCAUCGAUGGAGGCAAAGACUCGCUCAGCAUGGCCGCCCGCGUCGGCAAAGAGACCAUCAUGGCGCCCGGCACCAUCGUGGUCUCGGCCUACGCCAUCUGUCCUGACGUCACCGCCACCGUCACCCCCGACCUCAAGUGUCCCAACGGCAAAGGGGCGAUUCUGUGGGUGCCGCUGAGCCCGGGGCGGCACCGCUUGGGGGGCAGCGCUCUCGCUCAGGUCUUCGCGCAGUUGGGGGACGCCUGUCCCGACCUCGAGGACCCCAAAAUCCUCGCCAGCGCCUUCCGAGUCACCCAGGAGCUCCUCAAGGGGCGGGUGCUGAGCGCCGGGCACGACAUCAGCGAUGGGGGCCUGGUGGGAGCGGCGCUGGAGAUGGCCUUCGGCGGCAACUGCGGCCUUCGCCUCCGCCUCGGCGACGUCCCGCCCGGCGCCACCCCGUUGGCCGUCCUCUUCGCCGAGGAACCGGGUCUUCUCCUGGAGGUCCCCACCGAUGCCACCGAGGACGUCUGUCGGCGCUACCGCGACGCCGGUGUCACCUGCGUCCCCAUCGGCCACAGCGGCCCCUACGGCCCCGAGGCCACGGUGGAGGUGGUGGUGGGCGGUGUCUCCAUGUUGGCCGAGCCCGUCGGUGACCUUCGGGCCCUCUGGGAGGCCACCAGCUUCCGGCUGGAGCGGGAACAGGCGGCCGUCGCCUGUGUGGAGCAGGAGGAGAGCGACCUGCGGCGCCGGCGGGGGCCCAACUUCACCCUCACCUUUGACCCCUACCACGACCCUCCCCUCCUGCGGCACCUGGAGGGCCCGGGCCCGCGCGUGGCGGUGCUGCGGGAGGAGGGCAGCAAUGGCGACCGGGAGAUGGCGGCCGCGUUCCUCAUGGCCGGCUUCGAGGUGUGGGACGUCACCACGGAGGACCUCUGCUCGGGCACCGCCACUCUCGACGGCUUCCGCGGCGUCGCCUUCGUUGGGGGUUUCAGCUACGCCGACGUCCUGGGAUCGGCCAAGGGCUGGGCGGCCGCCAUCCGCUUCAACCCCCGCGCGCGGGAGGUCCUCGAGAGGUUCCGUCACCGUCCGGACACCUUCAGCCUCGGCGUCUGCAAUGGCUGCCAACUCAUGGCCCUCCUCGGAUGGGUCGGAGGAGCUUCCGGGGGUGCGGGGUCUCCCCCCGCGGUGGUGCUGAACCCCAACCUCUCGGGGCGCUUCGAGUCGCGGUUCGUGGCGGUGAGGGUGGAGGCGACGCCGGCGCUGAUGCUGCGCGGGAUGGAGGGCUCCUGCCUGGGGGUCUGGGUGGCCCACGGCCAGGGGCGGUUCCAGUUCUCCUCGGCGGCGCCCUCGGCGCUGGUGGCGCUGCGCUACGCGGACGAUGGGGGGCGCCCCACGGAGCGGUACCCGCUGAACCCCAACGGCUCGGCGGGGGCGGUGGCGGCGCUCUGCUCGCCCUGCGGCCGCCAUUUGGCCGCUAUGCCCCACCCCGAGCGGGGCGUGGCCUCCUGGCAGUGGCCAUGGUGGCCGCCGGCCUGGCCCCGCCCCCACCGCCACCGCGCGCCGUGGCUGCGAAUGUUCCAGAACGCGCGGGAGUGGUGCCUCCGCGGCACCCAGUAGGGGCCACCGGGGGGGCUAAUGGUGGCCACCGGGGGGCUAAUGGUGGCCACGGGGGGGCUAGUGGGG